CACGUGUUGCCAAGAGCAGACUACUCUCCUACUCGUGUUGCCAAGAACAGACUACUCUACUACUCGCUUCCUGCCAAGAUGGCCGGCAGCCGUGUCCAUAAAUUUGGAACAAUCUUCAAAAGAAUACAAGGUUUAAUGCGUUCUGGAGCACUUUGUGAGGAAGAAAGGCCACUGUGGUAUGAUAUUUAUGCAGCUUUUCCUCCGAAAAAGUUGCGCACAUUUGACUCUCAGGUGGAAGUUCCCACGAUUCUAUACCCAGAGGACAUCAUACGAGUUCAAUUUUACAAAACAUUUGGCAAUCCUGAUGUUGUGGACUUGACAAAUGAGCAAGUAGCUACCACAUGUCAAAGGUUUGUCAACAAAUACAUUGAGCUUAUGAGAUCAGAUGUGUCGCAGAAAGAUCUGUUCGCUAGAGUUACUGAUCUCCUCCGACAGGAGGGGGUUAGGCUGCGCACUGUAGUGGAAGUGGAGAGUUCUUUUCUGCAACAAAAGGAGUUAAGUCAGCCCAGGAAGGAGGCAUAUUCGGCAUCAGUGUCAGAUGUUUUUGGUGAAAGGACAGUCCAUCGUAAUCAAGAGGAACUACAAGAUUACAUUAUAAAAAGUGAUGCAGAGGAGAAGGCAGCGAAGACAUAGCUGCAGAAAGCGAUUUCAGCUAUUAAAAUGCUUUGUUUUCAACAUUUGUA